CUUCUGUUUUGACAGCUGUCAAGAUUUUUAAACAUUUUUAUUUUUUUGAUGUGAAACAUCAUUAAUUACCUGGUAGAUAAUGAGGAUUAAUAUGAUUAGAGAAGAUAUUUGACUAUUUUUUCGUAAACUAUCGGAUUUCUAAAUGGUGUAACUAGGCUACAAUGUUAAGGAGACUUUUGAACACUGUGAUCGAAACUACUUCUCAGCCAACAGAAGCUAUAUUUUAUCCUAAUCCUUUUACAAAGAAAGAAACGUUACAGUUUGGCUGGUUGACUAACGUUACACCAUGUUUCCCAAUAAAUGCCAAAAAUAUUACAAUUUUGACCGAACCCGAACAGUUUUAUAAUACUUUACUAAAAUUUUGCCGCGAUGCAACAAAGAGAAUCACAUUAGUAAGUCUUUACCUAGGCAAUGGCAAGUUGGAAGAGAAGAUUGUAGAAACAUUAAAAAAUAAUGAUCAUUUCAAAAGCAACCAUUUAAAAAUAAAUAUUUUAUUGGACUACACAAGAGGUAGUCGAUUUGAAAAUAAUUCAAGGACAAUGCUACAGCCUUUGUUACUAGAAAAUGAUUCCAACUGUAAAGUUUCUUUAUAUCAUACCCCGGCCUUACGUGGAUUAUUGAAAAAAUACACCCCUAAUCGUUGGAACGAACUUCUAGGACUACAACACAUGAAACUAUACAUUUUUGAUGACACUUUAAUCAUAAGUGGUGCUAAUUUAUCAAAUGAUUAUUUCACCAAUAGACAAGAUAGGUAUUUCGUAAUAAAAGACAAGAGACUAAGCGAUUUUUAUUCGGGGUUAGUGAGCAGGGUGCAGAGAUUUAGUCUGCAAAUGGACAGGAACAAUAAUGUCGGGAUGAAUGAAGAAUGGAAGCAUGCACCUUAUGAGGGUAAUAAAACUGAAUUUGUUGAAAAAGCUGGGGACACUAUUGAGCAGUAUUUGUUGGAAGCCAAAGAUGAACAAAACGUGCAUAAACAGGAAGGUUUUGACACAUGGAUUUUACCAAUGGUACAAAUGGGUCAGUUGGGCAUUGAACAAGACGCGCAAAUUACAGAUAAGUUGUUAUCUGAAGCACCAAACGGUAGUAAAUUGGCUAUAGCCACUGGUUAUUUUAAUCUUACCACCCAGUAUAUGAAUACUUUAAUAAAAAAGUCGCAAGCACGGUGUGAUAUUCUCAUGGCUCAUCCCAAAGCAAAUGGUUUUCUUGGGGCGAAAGGGCCGGCUGGGGGAAUACCCUGGGCUUACUCUCUAAUAGCACAAAAAUUCCAAAAACAGGUUAUAAACAACAAGCAGCAGUUUCGAAUAAAUUUACUUGAAUACCUUAGAAACGGCUGGACCUACCAUGCGAAAGGGUUGUGGUACUAUUCGCCGGAUAGUCAAUAUCCAUGCAUGACUCUAAUUGGUUCCCCUAAUUUUGGAGAGAGAUCUGUCAAAAAGGAUCUAGAAACACAACUGUGUAUUAUUACGGAAAAUGAGGAAUUUAGUAAAAGGCUUCACAACGAGUGUAGCAAUCUUUAUAAAUUGGGUUUACCUGCUGAAACCGAAAGACCUAUACCGAAAUGGGUGCCCACAUUUGUGUACUUCUUCAGAAGCUAUUUUUAAUGUUGAUUUUUUCCUUGUUAAAUAUACAUAUUUAUAAAUGUUUUGAGAAUAA